AUGCAUGCACCGUCAGUCGGGUCCCUCCUCGGACUCCUAUAUCUAGCCGGCCCAACUCUCGGGGCGUCCAACAAAGACGCAUCCUCGGGGUCAUGGUCACCACAGCCGAUCCUGCCCAACAAAGACGCGGCACGCCACAACGCCCACCGGAUCUUCACCACGCUGCACUCUGCCGGCCGCCAAUGGGGCUCCUCGACGGACCACAACGGCAUGUCCUUCUUCCGCGCCACCGUGCCGGAGGGCAGCUACUUCUUCCACGGCGCCAGCAGCUCGGAGAGACCGAGCGGGUACGAGUGGCUCGCCUUUGAGAUUGAGCAUGCGCAGCAUUUUUCCAUGCCGUGGGAUCCAGAUCGUCGUCCUGGUCCUGGUCCUGGUCCUGGCCCUGGCCCUGGCCCUGGCCCUCGUCCUGGUCCUGUGACGGCGGAGGAGGACUGGCACGGCUGGGCGUGGCGGCGCUCGGCCCACGGCGCAAAAUCCGUCCUGGCCGAUCCAGACGCUCAGCGUCCCAUGGCCGCAUCAUCGGGAGACGGAAAACCGACUGCGGAUGCCUCCCGGCCGACGCGCGGCUACCUGCAGACGUACCGAGCGGCCCGUCCGCUCAACCUGCUCUACGUCGACGGCAUGGGUGCCGGCAAGUCCAAGUACGGAACGCUGGACUCGCAGGACUACAUACUGCGGGGCAAGACGCCCGAGGACUUUGUACGAAAUCCGGGCAAAGACUUCAUGGGAGAGGAGGCUCGGGCUACAGAGCUGUGCGAGAUGGCAGACGAGUGGGCCCGGCAAGGUGGCGCCCGCAUCGACGGCAUCAUGCGCAUGGAGGUAGGGUUCGAGAUCAUCUACUGCCACUUCGAAGAGGGGGGAGGGCUGGAUCUGGUUAGUGUCGAUGCCACGGCGAUGAAGAACGAGACGGGCUGGGUGGACCCGCAAGUCCACACGUUGGAGUGGAUACGGUCUGUUGCGUUGAGAUAUGACGGCUUCCCAAAGAGCAGGUUGAACAUCGACUGGUCAAGUAUAGUGUCGGCUUACUUUUACAACAUCAACCUUACGAACCCAGACACACAGAGAAGCGAGAUGCCUCGAGUGGUCAACGCUACAAAGGAAGAAAGGGCAGCGAUCAAGUCCAAGGUUCAAGAGACCAUGGCUGUCCCGCGCCAACCUGGCCCCGGUAUCGACUGGCAGGGUAUCGUGGACUUGGUGGUGGGACGAUACUCGGACAGAGUGGCACUCUUAUCGAACGAGGACACCACAGCAGAGGACAUGCGGCAAGAAGUCAACUUUUUGCUGUAUUCCUACAUUGAUUUUAACGAUCCAGACCCGAGACCGUCUGUGGAAAGAUGCCGGACCAAGCAUCUCGACACGGCCCUGGCGACACGGUCCACGUGGACGCAAGAAGAGGAGCUGAUAUUCACAGCCGUAGACACUGUGGCUGAAGACAUCUGCUCGACUCUGACAGAGGUGUGGGAGAUGCUCCGGCAAAAAGAUGCUUCGCUCUCGAAACCAAAGCAGCUGUCGCAAGGCUUGAAGUCGAGGCUAGGUUGGAGCACCUGGAAAAGGUGUGGGACUUGCGCGUCGCUGAGCGAGGUCUGCUUCGUGGCCAUGUUUCCUUUUGGAACCGUCGAGGAUCAUUACAACCCAGGGUGCAAAAACAAGACGCAAAUCUCAGGAGCACUUGGCAGACUCAACAAGACUGCAAACAUGCUGCUCGGCACCGUCGGCAACGUCGUCACCACGGUUGUUGGCUUGUUGGCCGCAACUGGGUCCGCUCAGACUGCGUGUGGUGAUGGUGUUGUCAGUGAUCGCGAGGAGUGCGACUUUGGAGCACAGAAUGGUCAGCCUGGAGUUGUAUGCAACACACAAUGUCAGUGUGUCCGCGGUCUUUACGACGUCGAACGCGGGAACCAAUACUGUCGACCUCUGGUCGAUGUCAAGUUCAGAAAAGCCGACGUCCUUAUCGUCACCGACACUCCUCCAGGUGAGGCCACCGAGGCGCUGGGAGAGGUCAAGGCCGCCAGAGCGUGGAACUAUACGAUAAACUUCAUCAACACAACAAACUUCAUACCCAUGCUCCCCCACGAGAUCCAAGUACAUAGGGCCGUUCUUGUUGUUACUGUCCCCGGUACCGUGCCCCCUGGUCAAACAGCGGGCAUGUAUGGAUGGAGGCCACACAACAUAAACCGCUUUUGGUAUCUAUACCUGUCUCAACGGCGAUGGCAACCAGCAAUAACAGGCAACGUGAUAAUGUUUGCCCAUCGACCCACAACCGAAAACAUCACACGUGCCGCGAACUUUGUCAGCAAGACCAUGAGAUUUGCCGUCGAGGGCACGGGUACGGGCCUUUGGCUGCAGACGCCGACGGAAAUAAGAACUGGCACAACGGAAGAAAUCAACUUUCUCGACGUCGACUUUCUCCAACAAUGGGGAAACUUUAGCAUGCGCUUCACCAACUCAUACCCGCCGAGCCCGCCAGUGUGGAGGUACAAUUAUCGUUUGAUAGGGAGGCACCGUCUGCUUGGAGACCUGAGCUCCAACGAUUCCUCCACGGUUCGGGGAGUGUUUGGAAACUUUCCCUCGACCUUCAAACCCGUCUCUUUAACGGACAACUUUCGCCCGACCCAGAACCCACCCAUGGCCAUGACCUGGAGAGGAUACACGGGGUGGCCCACGGUCAUUGCUCGUUACGCCGAAGAAAUCCCCGAAACCUGCCCCGACGGGUCGAUAAACCGCCCCCAAGAGGAGUGCGACGGAGCGGGCGGCGGCUGCAAUCCCGAGUCUUGCUACUGCAGCAACGGCUACAACUCGACGAGCCAGUCCUGCAUAGGGGCGCCCAAGUGCGGAGACUCGGUGCUGGACCGCGCCGUCGGGAAGGAACAGUGCGACGACGGCCCGAGGAACGGGAGCCCCGCCAGCAGCUGCAACAGCCAGUGCAGAUGCGCAUACGGCGAGGCGUACAACCCCCAGACCGAGGCCUACUACUGCUGUCCGGCCGGGCAGUACUCGGACGGGAAGUGGGACGCGACGUACGGCGGCAUCCCCUGCAAGCCGGCCUGCGGCAACGGCAUCGUCGACAGGCCGGUGGAGGAGUGCGACGAUGCCGCCGACCCCAGGUGCAACGCGGCGACCUGCAAGUGCAGAUGGGGCACGACGUUCGACCCGGCCACGCAGCAGAACGUCUGCCUGGCCGAGCCCUUCUGCGGAGACGCGAGGGUCACGUACGAGGCGGGCGAGGAGUGCGAGGGCUCGCAGAACGGCGACUGCGUGAACUGCAAGUGCCUGUACGGAAGACAGACCAACUCCACCGGGGGUUACACGGGCAUGUGUCUCCCGCGCUGCGGGAACCGGGUGCUCGACGGCGGCGAGGAGUGCGACAGCCCGACCGACCCGCUCUGCGACGCCGCCUCGUGCAGGUGCUUCUACGGCCUGGACCCGGCCACCCGCCGGUGCUACCCCGCCCCCUUUUGCGGCGACUCGAGGGUGACCUACGGCGCCGGCGAGCAGUGCGAGGGCUCCCAGGGCGGCGCCUGCGUCAACUGCCGGUGCCUGUACGGAAGGGAGACCGACUCGACCGGCGGCGGCUACACCGGAAACUGCCUGCCGCGCUGCGGCAACUCCGUCGUCGACAGCGGCGAGCAGUGCGACAGCCCGACCGACAACCUCUGCAACAAGACGACCUGCCAGUGCAUCUACGGGCUCAACACCGCCACCAACCAGUGCUACGACGUGCCGGCCUGCGGCGACGGCAGGUUCAGCCCCGAGGCUGGGGAGGAGUGCGAAGGCUCCCUGGGCGGUCUGUGCAAUGCAGGGACGUGUCUCUGUCGCUGGGGAGCGGUUUUGGACGGCCAGGGCCGGGCUACGGGGGAUUGUCUUCCGGAGCCGGUCAUGACGCCGUCGUCGUCGUUGUCGUCCGCACCGCCGUCGUCAUCGCCUGCACCGCCUACCUCGACGGAGCUUUCCACUACUGCCAAAUUGUCGCAGAGCUCUUCUGAAGCUGCAGAUGCUCAGCCGUCAGCCACACCUCUGGGGAGUACUGCGUCGGGGGGACCUCUUGCUUCUACUACCGAGGCAACCAGCACUUCGUACGAGGAGGGCGUGGAGCCGGAUUUUGCCACCGCCUCUACUGCGGACCCUCCACAGCCGGAGGCUGCUGCCACUCUGAGUGGAGAGCCCGUAUCGCCAGGGUCGUCAGCAACUACGGCCGAGGAACCUGGAAUUCCAGAGUCGCCGACUGCCUCAUCUGGAAACACCUCGUCGACAAGCUCGUCGGAGGAAGCGCCGGGAAGCUCUGCCGCACCCGCAGCCACGAUAACUCCAGGCCCUGAGAGUACCGCUGCAGGGCCGCCUGCUGAUGCUACUACCGGUUCUACUUCUCCAGGUACCGAAGAGACCUCGGCAAGCCUGGCGCCUGAGGUCGGUGGCUCAUUAACAGCUUCUCCAUCCACUGAGGGAGAAAGCACUACAGAAGCGGCCGCAUCUGCUUCGGCUACUGUCGUUGAUGGUCCACAGCAGGGGACGGGAGACAGCGGAGCGCCCGAUGCCACGACCACCGCAUCCCAAUCAGACGACUCGACCGAGUCAUCGGCAGCUUCCCCUACUGCAAGUGAGAUGGGAGAUUCUGUAGCCGCUACGCCCGCGUCUCCUUCGUCUGAAAUCAGCGUAGCAGAGUCCACGACCGCAGAGACGACUGCCGUCGACACAAACAUCCCGGCAGACAUUACGACGGGGUCGUCAACGGCCCAGGAAACAACCAGCGAGCCGGCCUCGCCCGCAUCAUCAGUUUCAGGGGACGGUCCUGCGGAAACUGCAUCUUCGGCUACUGUCGUCGAGCCUGAAGGUGGCGAGCAGACUACGACUGCAACCUCAUCCUUGGUGGAUGUUAGCGGCUCUCCUGACGGGCCAACAUCGGUUUCGGAAGGAAGCCCGGCCCCCACAGAGGAAGCAGGCACACCAACAGUCUCAGCCAGCGCUAGCGAGUCUACAAGCGACGGGGAGGUCGCAGCUCCGGUAACCACAGCUGGCUCGACAGACGGAGCCGAGGAAACACCCUCAGUAUCGUUAUCGGCAAGCCCUAGCGCCGCUACGGAAGAUGGCCAGGCGCCAGGUUCAGGAGCCAGUCCCGGUCCAAGUGAGCAGGUGCCAGCCGCAACUACAGCAACACCUUCUGCGAGCACCAGCGAGGGCACGGACAGCGAAGAUGUUGCCGCCUCGACAACUGCUACUGCCUCGGGAGAAGGGGCCCAGGAACCAUCGGCGACAUCCCCCACGGAAGCUAGUGGUGCCACGGACAAUGGGUCAACGUCAGCUACCGAGGGUAUGCCCGCCCCGAGCGGAGAGGCGCAAACUACAGCUCCGACAGCAUCCGCAACCACUGCCAGUGAGGCCGUUGACGGUGAGGAUACUACUCCCUCGGCAUCCACGACCGCCUCCUCUGAACAAGACCAGGAGACGCCUGCGGCUUCCUCGGCGGAUGCUAGCAGUGCCGCGGAAGACGGGCAAGCUUCGACGACGGCGACGGCGACUGUAACUAGUCCUGCGGACGAGACGCCGGGGACAUCGGCCGAAGCAGGUUCAACGCCAGCUUCCGAGACUCCCAGUCAGACGGCGGGCGAUGGGCAGGUGACGCCUCCAGCGACAACGCUAGAGACCGCGACCGAGACUGCAAGUGAUGAUGGUUCCGCCUCGCCCACUGCGAGCGAGUCCGCAGAUGGUGAGACUGCAACAGCAUCAGCUGCACCCUCGGAUGCUGCGAGCGCAACUGCGAGUGGCGACGGUCCCGCUUCGCCGACUGCAAGCGGCUCAACGGAGGGUGAACAGACCUCGACAUCUCCCACCGCCUCGGAGGCUGAUGUCGAGCCCACAAGUGCGGAAGUUCCGGCCUCGGCAACCAUUCCUGGCUCGACGGAUGACGAGGAGCCGACACUCUCUGUGUCUCCAUCCGAGACGGGUCCGGCCAACACUGGCGUGACUACGGGGGAUGAGCAAGCUCCUCCCUCGCCGACUGCUUCAUUGACUAUCAGUGAAAGUGUAGACGGCGAUGGAGUGUCUGCGUCAGCAACUGGAACUAGCCCAGCGAGUGAUGAUCAAGCCACGCUAUCAGGGACCGCCACCGGAAACACACCAGACAGCGGAUCACCCUCUCUAACUCCCGCUCCCGAAGCCAGCGGGACUAGAAAUGACGAUGCGACCUCCGAUUCAGCCACUCCCACUGGCACGGCAGGUGACGAGCAGGUAACGUCCUCGCCAGCUUUUUCUACGGCCGUCAGCGGGGCGGUGGACGGCGAAACUCUAGUGACUUCGGCUACCUCGACGGAGAACGAGCAAGAAACACCCUCAGCUGCUGCAUCUGGCAGUGUAAGCGAGACUACAAGCGAUGGAACCCCUGCGACUGCAACGCCUUCGACAGAGGACGGGCAGCCAAUUCCCUCAGCGACCGCCAGCAGCCUCUCGGAAGAUGAACAGACAGCAUCCACGACCCUCAGCGGAACCACUGGCGCUGACCAGUCUGAAACUUUAGCAACUGCGAGCGCAUCUGUGGACGACGGACAGCCCACGCCCUCGUCCGGAGCGACUGAGACCACGCCACCAAGCGUCGAGACUUCAACCAGUGCAGAUCCCUCCGAGGCGGCGCUGCCUUCAGAGACUUUGAGCACUGAGGCUGCGUCGUCUACGGUAGCUACAGCCGAGUCCCCGGGCGACGGAGGGAGUGCACAGUCCAUUUCCACCGCAGAGAUGCCGCUGAGCACAGGAGUCCUGCCCGGUGGCGGUGGAACUGAUGGUCCCUCUUCGGUCGAGGGAGCGGCAUCUGCGACAACCGACCUUGCGAUCGAGCCCACGGUAGCUUCCGUCACAGACGCCAGCUCUGCAGUUUCACAAGCGACGGACGCUGCCACCGGUGGGGCCCCCGGGGAGUCAGCCGCUGAGCCCGCAAGCCCGGGUCCCCAGGAGACCAUUGCUACCAGCACAGAGGUUUCACAGAGCGCGUCGGAAGCCGAAACGACGGCUGCUGCUGAAUCUAUGACCGAACCUACAGUAUCCGGCACCAGCGGUUCCGUGGCUACCAGUGGUCCAUCUCCUGCAUCAAAUGUCGCUUCGCCAACCGACGGAACUUCGGCUGCUGAACAGACCGGGGUCGCACCGACGAAUGAUGCUCCUUCUUCUCAAGAGACUACAGCCGCUGAGCCUGAACCGAGCAGUCCUCCACCAGAUGCUUCCAACAAAAUCACUGCAUCUUCCACUCAGAGUUCAUUUACCUUUGUUGAUGGCCCAUCGACCUUUGAGACCUUGACCAGGUCUUCCCCUACCGAAGCUACCGGUUCUUUGACCGACCCAUCGACCGGGGCAGCCAGCACCACACCUGCUGAUGAAAAUGGAAGCUCUUCUGUACAGUCACUGUCUACUACAGGCAUCAAUGGAGCAGGACCGGAUCCCACGGAUGCAGCAAAUGAGAUUGGGCCAAGCUCCACACCUACAGAUGCAAGCGUCUCGUCCGGAACUGCAGAGGCUGGUAUUACUCCUUCCGUUCCAUUGCCCACAUCAGAAACUGAACUACCAUCUUCAGCAGAAGAGACAAGUACCUCUGCAACAAGCCCUACCGCCAGCAUCGCAAGCGUCUCGCAGACCGAAUCUCCAAGCUCAGGGGUAUCUAAUCCCCCGGAAACAUCUCCGGCGGAGGAAGCUUCACCAGAGGUCACGACGACAGCAACUGAAUCCGAUGGCUCUCUCCCAGAUCAAGGCACCACAACGGAAGCCUCUACAACCACUUCAGCUAUGCAGAGUACAACGGCGCUGUCGACUGCCGAUGUUGACUCUGAUCCCGACGCACCAUCAUCUGUAGCCGAUCCACCAAACUCGGUGACAGAGGCCUCCACCACGGCGUCUGCCAGUCUUGACGACCUACCAACGACAGUUUUUUCUUCGACUACAAUCACGCCAGCACCCGAACUAGAUAGUGAUAGCAGCCAACCUGCAGCGACAGGAACCACAACCCUAGAUGCAUCUAGCUCUUCAGGAGCAGACGCGUCCGCGACUUCAGGAUCUGGUCCAUCUCCGACAACAACCAACGAUAGCCAAGGAGCUGAUCAGACCGCGACCACGUUGACUGAUACCAGAGAUGAUGCGUCUUCUCCAACGGCCCCUGCUACCGGCACGGCCGACGAGUCUUCCAUCUCGCAAACUACAGACGCGGGCAGUGGAUCUGCUGUGGUGCCGACAGGUACAGAGGCAGGCAACUCACCUGCGAGUCAGGAAACUACGCCGGCAGAGUCUGCAUCGACAUCACCAGCAGCCAAUCCAGGCAGCGGAGAAGACAGCCCACAGGCGACUGCAGAAGCCACGGUAGAAAGCAGCGCAUCUCCAGGCUCGGCUGCAGAAACAACAGCAGCUUCAUCCGCGACGCCAGAGGUCUCAACAACCGGUGCUACAGAGGUGAGCUCAACGGCUGCCAUGGGGUCCGGAGCAGAGAACACUUCAAGUCCAGCGUCGAAUGAAGACGCCGGGCCCACAGCAAGCCCUACCGGAGACGGCAAUACAUCGCCAACGGAAGCCGGGACAAACUCACCUGCAACACCGGACGUCACUACAGGUUCCGCUGAAGAAGCCAACCCAUCGACGACUACGGAGGCCAGACCGGAAAACAACCCAUCCUCAUCAGCAGCUACAGACGCUGGUGCCACGACAGGCCUCGCCGACGCAGCCAGCCCACCAGCAACGGCAGAGCCCACCGCAGACGACACCGACGCAUCACCCCCAACAACAGCCAGCGGCGCCGAGACCGCGAACCCCAACCCCGCCGCGACGACUCCCUCGACCAGCACGGCAGAGACCACAGACGCCGCAGGGCAGGUCCCCACGACAAACCCCGCCGCGACUUGGACGAUCCCGAGCGCGACGUCCACAGACGGCGGCGCAUCGGCGGCCACUCCGAGCCCGUGGGAGGCAAACAUGCCGCGGUUCCUGGCCACCGCCGGCGGCAGGCAGUUCGAGCGGACGGGGUGCGCCGCCGGCGGCGCCAAGAUGGACAACUUCCGGCUCGUGGCCCGCGAGGCGGACAUGACGCUCGAUCGGUGCUCCGAGGUGUGCGGGGACUGGCUAUACAGCGCUGCGCACGAUACGGAUUGUUACUGUUCCAUGGAAAUUCAGUGGGAUGGUGCGGAUACGCCCUCUGGUGAGGGAUGCGAGAUCCGCUGUCCUGGAAACCAGGAUCAGGUUUGUGGAGGGAUGGUGGAUGGUUCUGGGGCUGGAACCGGCGCUGGGUCAGGAACUGGGUCAGGGACGGACACGGGUAAUGAUGAUGGUGCAGGUUCGGGAACUGGGAGUGGUACUGGCUCUGGCGCUGGUGCUGGUGCUGGUGCUGGUGCUGGUACGGGCACUGGUGGAUCAGGCACAGGGUCUGGAAGUAACGGUGGAACAGGCACUGGCAAUGGCACUGGCACUGGCACCGGCACCGGAACCGGAACUGGUGGAUCAGGCUCUGGAUCUGGAUCUGGCACAGGAACAGACCCGAGUACAGGCAGCGGAUCGGGUAGCGGAACUGGUACUGGCACUGGCACUGGUACUGGCACUGGUACUGGCACUGGUACUGGCACUGGCACUGGCACUGGUGGAACUGGCGGAACAGGCAGCGGAACUGACGCCGGCACUGGCGGCUCGGGCACGGAAUCAGGAGGCAGCGGGGGCACACCAAUCUCACCACCUGCCAACCAAAGGUUCUCCAUCUACCAAAGAGUCCUGCAGAGUCCAGAUAACUCGCCAAUCUCCCCUCCGUCUGGCCAAACAACAUCAGGCAUUGAGGCAGUCGUCACGCCUUCUCCAGGCGGCCCAUCCUCCGACCCGCUGGCUAACACUUUCGUCACCACCACUUCUGUGACGUCUGUAAGCGGCAAUGGUCAGCAAACAGGAGACGAGACCGACCCCUCGUUGCCUUCAUCGCCCUCAUCGCCCUCGUCGCCCUCGUUGCCCACAACACCUUCAACGCCUCCUGUCGACAACGGUGGUGACGAGCAACCUGGAACUAACCCCACUACUACCCCAACGGCUCCCAACAACACUGGUGGUAGCCAGCAACCUGGGAGUGGACCUAACACGGAUCCAACCACCUCUGUUCCUGAUGGGAAUGGUGACAACCAGCAGCCUGGAGAUGGACCAAGUACAACUCCCACUACCCCGACUUCUCCUGGCAACAACGGUGGUGGCCAGCAACCCGGAGCUGACCCCGGCACUACCCUAACGCCUCCUGAUGAUAAUGGUGGUAGCCAGCAGCCUGAAAGUGGACCAAGUACAACUCCCACGACCCCGGCUCCCGGAGGCAACAACGGAGGUCAGCAGCCUGGCGCUGGGCCAACCACCGUCUCAACAACACCAGGCAGCAAUGGGGACAACCAGGAACCCGGGACCGGGCCUAGCACUGCUGUACCAAACCCAAGUGGAGAUGGUGACGAUCAGGAAACGGGCAGUGGGCCAAGUACCCCCGUCACUACUACUGCAGCUGGAGUACCGCCUGCCAACGGUGGCAACCAGCAACCCGGGAACGUCACGCCUACCACUGCUGCACCAAGCUCCAGUGGCAAUGGAGGAGCACCAGGACCAGGGGAUGGACCAAAUACUCAACAACCUGGGGACGUUACGCCCACCACUGCUGUGUCAAACCCAGGUGGAAAUGGAGAUAACCAGGGACCAGAUGAUGAACCAACAGCUGCCAUCACUACUCCCACUGGAGCACCGCCUGCCAAUGGCGGUAAUCAGCAGCCUGGUAACGCCACGCCCCCUAUUACUGUACCAAUCCCUAGUGGCGACGGAGGUACUCAGGAAACGGGCGGCGAACCAAACGCUCCCGUCACUACUUCCACUGGAGUACCGCCUGCAAACGGCGGCAACCAGGGGCCUGGAAACGCCAUUCCCACCACCCUUUCAACGCAAUCCGGCGGGCCAAACCCAUCAGGGACUGGGUUUGACGAGUCAGUCUUACCAUUCCCUGCGGUUCCCACUUCUGCAGGAAGCGACCAAUCUCCAGAUAACGGACAAGCCAACCCCGGGUCGAACACCUCACCUGGUAGCCCUGGAUCGCCGGCCACAGCUCCUGGUAGCAUCGCCACAAACGAGCCGGCACCUCUGCCUGAAGAUGUCGACGAGCCGAGUGCCGUUGGCCCCGACAACUCGCUGCCGACAACAGCAGUCGCUUCCAUGCCACCGACCCGCGAUGGCUGGCCUUCAGGCGUGGCAGGCACCGGCGACGAACACAGCCUCACCAGGUUCCUGACCUCGACGUACACUGUCAAGCCAUCGACGACCUGGACGGGCAACGCCGGGCCGUCCGCGGCAUGGGGCAGCGGCACAGCUGCUGAACCAUCCAACGCCGUGACCGCCGCGCCAUCCAUGCCGGACGGCCGGACGCAAACCGCCCCGACAACGAUGGCUACCCAGACUGUGCCGGUGUCCCGUACCGUCUACGUCGUCAUGAUCGAGUACGUGUGUGGCAACUGCGCAGGCGAGACGGUUUACGUCCCGAGCUGCAACGGCAGGCCCUGUACGGAGGGGGAGCAGCCCACGACAUGGACUCCAGUGCACUGCGGCGUGGAUGGGGUCGACUGCACCGGGCUUGAGACGUUCCGGCCCGAGACUUGUGGUGUUCCAGAGGAGAAGGCGGAGUUCUGUCGCGAUGCGGGCACGAAGCACCCCAUCGUGCAGCAGAAGCCGUGCGAGGGUGACCGCUGCAGGGAUGGUGACGUGCAAUACGUACCUGCGGAGCACGACGGUGUCCGUCCUGGCGGCUCUGGUGGCUCUGGUGGCUCUGGUGGCUCUGGUGGCUCUGGUGGCUCAGGCAGCUCAGGCAAUUCAGGCAGUUCAGGUGGUUCCCAAGAAGGGACAGGAGUCGGCGGCGAAGCAGGAAACGAUGGUAGCCCAUCUGCCGGCAGUUCAAACUCGGACUUUAAUUCGGGAGCAGACAAUAAUCAAGCCGGACAAGGUGGAGAAAAAGAAAACCUUCCAGAUGGCGGCGAGACAGGACCAUCGCCGGAACAUAAUCCGGAUGUGUCCAGUGGCCCGAACGGGAAUGCCGGCUCGGGUGAGGAUGUCGACGCGGACGCGAGUGGCAAGGAUGACGUCUACCCAUACCCAAAGACGGCGUCGGCGGAUGCUAUUGUUACGCCACGUCGCUCUGUUGUGUUUUUGGUCAUCGCCGUGGUGAUGUUUGGCCAGGCACUGUAA